GACGAUCGAUAAGUAACUUUUUAAGCGCAUUGACUUGAUUUUUCGCUUGCUAAUAAUAAUAGUCCACUAUGAAGCAAUUAGUUUUAUUAUUUAUUCUAAAUUUGGCAUUAUUUUUGAAUGCGCAAUCACACCUCGAAUAUGAUGGCUGGUUGAACAUUGAGCUAUACCAUGCAUUGGAUCUGCACGAGCCGCACAAAUUUACCCCCCGGGGUAACGUGACUAUCACUAGUCUAAACACUGGAGCGGUUAGCGUUUCUCAAGAAGCACUAUCACCUCAGGAUCGCCAUCAAUUGCGCCAGUUAGCCGAAGAGAAUCGCCUGUACCGAUUGGAAGCGCAUGUAGUGGCGGAAGACGGAUCUCGGGCUAAACUUCUAACUUCAUCAAAGGCGUGCGCUCUAGUAAAAUCGCAGCUCACCGAUGCGCUGUGGGUGUCUCUCGAUCACAGCGGGUCAGUUGUUGGAAUUACACAAUCGGUGAACAAUGGUAAUACCGGCGAUUGUCGUGAUUUGACCAAUCGCGAUACCGAUGUCCUGGACGAGUUUAACACCGAUGUGUACGUUAAGGCCAUGGAAAAUGCUCCGAUACCGGACACCGCAAGCUUCAUUCAAAAAAUGGAACGUGAUCGUGAAGCCCGCGAACGUGGCGAAACCAAAGACAAUCGAGGAUUUUUUGCAAAAUAUUGGAUGUACAUAGUACCAGUGGUUAUUCUAGUUCUCAUAUCGGGAGCUACAAAUCCAGAUGCGGGAGGACAACGUUAGUAAAUUAGACCAAUUUCAAUUCUAAUUUAUUCUAAGGAAAAUGUAGUGUUUCUUCCUUCAAUACAUUUUCAAACCCUAAUAACAU